UGUGUUGAAAAACCCCAGAACUACAAAGUACAAAUGUGUGGGAUUGAAAUGUAAUAUUUUAUAUUAUAAAGGCAUAAAUACCACUACAGAUGUGGCAUUGAUGUCAGGCUGUAUGUUGUGGUGCCUCUACUCAGCUUGUCUGUGGUCCAUUUUCAGGGCAGAAUGCAAAAUUUGUCCCUAUUGACAGCCUAAUGACAUGGACUGAGGCCCAGAGCUACUGCAGAGAACACCACACAGACCUGGCCAGUGUGAGAAACCUGGCAGAGAACCAGCAGAUUGAUGAGCUGUUAACUGGAGGGGGUAAGCAUUGGAUCGGCCUUUACAGAGACUCCUGGAAGUGGUCAGAUGGAAGUAACUCCUCCUUCAAGUACUGGGCAGAUUAUAGACCUAAACACAGAGCUUUAAAGGUUUGUGUGGCUGCAGCUUUCGACAACUCUGGAAAAUGGGAGGACUUGGACUGUGGAGUGGAGAAACCAUUCAUUUGCUACGGACGUGAUAGUUGUGCCUGUUUCAAUGCAAGUGAUAAAGGUGAGGGUGGAGAAACCAAACUGUGUGGAUCUGAAAGACCCCGCUUUUCUGGAUGCGAUGUUGGUGGAGGCGAAAAAGAACCUAAGGGCCCAGGGAUUGGACGACAACGUCCAACUGGCCUGGAGGAAGCAGCCGGAUGGACAAGUCUUCAAGAAGGAGGAGAAGAAGAAGAGGGACGAGCUCUAAAGCUGAAUUGCUGUGUUGGCUUUUAUCAGAGAAAAGUGUAUUUCUUUCCUCAAAGUCCUCGUGUUACAGAAUUCAGCUGCAACAAUGAUCUGAAUAAUCUAUCAGUAGCGAGAUAAGAUAAGGGUUGUAAUGUUUUCUCUUGUUCUAUAUGGUUUUGAAGUUAAUAUGUUUGGGGUUUUAACUGUUCAUGUAUCUGCUUGACCUGCGAAAAACUGGAUUUAUUUUCUAUUUUGUGACUUUUUAUGUUUUUUUCAGAUAAAAUAUAGAAGAGACAUUUUAAAAUAAUAUAAUAUUUGAUAGAGGGCAAUUCCAGGAAAUCUUAUUACCAAUCAACAUGAUGACCUCUAAUGCAUCUUUAAAGUCAUUUUCAUAAAAAAAAAAUGUAAUUCUUCAUUUGAAACUUAUAUUUUAUCCUAAAAAUGUGUUGUGCAAUUACUCACUGUUAUUAAUAUCUUCAAAUGAGUUAAACAUUGUGUUUAUGCUCCUUUUCUUUAGGGAUGAAACUUUAAGACAUGUUCCUCUAAUUGGUGAAUCAGCUUCCAGAAUAUUUAGAUGUAAUGCUUUUCUUUGUGCUAUGUGGUCAUAAACUGAAUCUCUUCGGUUUUAAUUCCCUCUGGCUGUGGGAUAUAUAAGAGGCAUUUUACUCUUUUGUGUGACAUUUGAUAGAUUAGAUAUUAUUAGAUUAUAAAUUAAGAUAUUAAAUAAAAAUGAUUACCUUUAACGUUCAAACAAAUUAAAUAUCAGUUUUCGUUGCAUUGCAACCACAAAAAAUGUAAUGUAUGUAAUGUGAGAAUAUCUUCAAAUAAUUUAAAUAGAAAAUAAUUAAUUGUAUUAUUUUCAUCCUUAUUAAGGAUAUAAACUUGAAGCAAAUUUCCUUAAAUUAUCUAUAACCGUUUUACGUUACUCAAACAUCCUUCUGGCAACAAUGCUGAAUAUUCGCUGGUUCCAGUUUCUUAACUAUUAUUAUAAGAUUUGAUGUUGUUUUUUGUCAUGUAUCAUCAUGAAAUUAAAAUAUUGUUUAAAAAAAAAAAUCCCUAUGAAGAAUAAACUAUAUCCAAUA